AAAGAGAAAGGAGCCUAAAAAGUCAAAAAACCUUGAAAAAACACCAUGAAAAUUUCUCGAAAAAUGUGAUAGUAGAAGCCAAGUUUUAGACGAUAAGUUCGUCAAAAUCAAUUCAUUUUGGCAUAAACCAUAGAUAUUCUGAAAGAGGAGACUUCGCUGCAUCUUCUUAUGAUAAAACUUCAAUUUCGACUUAUCUCUGAAAAAUUGGAUUUUCUGAGGGGGGCCACCCUUAAUGUAUGACCUCAGAUAUUCAACUUUUCAUCGGGUAAAAUACAUACCGACACUCGAUAUUAUGUAUAUAGAUAGGUUGCCCUACGACCUCAUACUCUCAUAUCGCACAUAUUUUUAUAGUCCAUCCAGCCUUCGGCCUUAUAGUCUUAUCUUCCUUGUAGCCCUAUCUCUCUAUUGCCUUAGUCCUUUCAGGGCCUAUGCGUAUCACAAUAUAAUAGCCCUGGAGGAUCUAUGGGAACCCCCAUAGGAUAGCCCUUGAGGACCUAUGGGUACCCUCAUAGGAUGGCCCUUGAGGACCUACAGGUACCCCCAUAGGAUAGCCCUUGGGGACCUUAAGUACCCCAUAUAAUAGUCCCUGGAGAUCUCCCCUUAUAGCCUUAUGUGACCUUUAACCUUUGACCCUUGAGCUUUGAUCUUUGACCCGGCACAGACACAGACAGACACUGAACAUUAUAUAUAUAGAUAAUAUUUGAUGAUUUUGUCGAAUUGUUCAUUUGUUCCUAUAUGCAUCUGAACUUAACGAAUAUAAAGUAAUCAUUAUUACUUGUUAAUACAUAUAUAUUUCAUAGAAUUCGAGAACUAUUUAAAGACCGAAUUUGGAAAAUGAAUAAUAUCUAUCGAUUAAUGAUUGAUGUGAAUUUAUUUCUUUGCUGAAUUGAUAAAGAUAAAUUUAUAAAUAUUUACUUCCUAUUUUUCAGGAUGAUCUACCUACUUUAAAAUGUUUUUCAUUAAUAUGUUAUGAUAGUACUCAAGGAUAUGACAAUUUAAUUCUACCACUUCUUCGUCGAAUGUCAUAUCUUGAAGAAUUAACUUUAUAUCUUCAUAUCUUGGGUGGAUCUACAUUCAUCUCUGGCACUCAUCUUGAUAAUGAAAUUCUUAGCCAUAUGCCACGACUUCAUACAUUCUCAUUUUAUUUCGCUUCUGAAAAUGCCAUUGCUGAUCCAGAUAUUCAUAUAUCUAAUUCAGAUAUUGAACAAACGUUCACCACUAUAGAACAUCGACAGAUGGCUUGUUUGAUAGAUUAUUACAGCUGUAGGAAAUUGAUUUGUCGCGUCUUUUCACUUCCAUUUAAAUUUGAUCGUCUCGAAAAUAUUACAAAUAAUAUUCCAAAUAUUGUAUUCAAUUCUGUCAAUCAUUUGAAAUUACGUGAUAAAUAUCCAUUCAAACACGAAUUUUUCAUUCGACUUGCUCGUGGUUUUCCAUUUCUUAAAAGUUUAUCUAUUGACACUAUUCUAGCACCAAACUGGAGAUCUCACGAAUAUCAUCGUUACCAUAUUGAUUGGUGCUCAAUUGUUGAAUAUCCUCACCUUAUUUCACUUAACAUCGAUUCUGCAAAUAGUUAUUAUGCUGAACAUUUUCUCAAUGAAACAAAAACACAUCUACCUCGUUUAACGGAAUUAAAAAUCCGUUAUGAAGAUUUGGAAAUGGUGACAAAAAACUUUACAAGAAAUGAAACGCAACGUAAUUGUGCUAAAGUGAAGCGAUUAAUUGUUAAACAUUGCAUAGUUUAUCCGAAAGACGUUUAUCAUUAUUUUCCUUUAUUGUGA